CGCACUUUAACCUCCCAGGACGCAUCGCCAAACCAUCUCUCGCCAUGUCCAUUGUAGCCAGUCGCAGUGGUAGCCGUAAAUACAGCUCACGAAGCGGUGUCGGUUCGAGUGGCCUCAGUUUGUCCGGUGGGAUGCAGUUUUCCAGCGGUUUGGGAGGCGGUAGGUCCCGUAUGAGCGUGUCCUCUGUUGGGAGCAGUCGCGCGCCGAGUGUAUAUGGAGGUGCCGGGGGAUACGGCACCCGUAUCUCUCAAUCCACUUUCUCUAUGGACGGGCCAGGCCAGAUCACUAUCGGUGCCAACGAGAAGCAUACCAUGCAGAAUCUGAACGAUCGUUUGGCCACCUACCUGGAAAAGGUGCGCUCUCUAGAGGCAGCCAAUAGCAAGUUGGAGUUGCAGAUCAAAGAGUUCUACGAGAUGAGAUCACCGACUCACAAGAAGGACGUCAGUGGGUUCUAUGGCACCAUCACAGACAUCUGCAACAAGAUCCAAGCCAGGUCUGUGGAGAACUCUCAGAUGAUCCUGCAGGUGGAUAAUGCCAGACAUGCAGCUGAUGUCUUGAAGAUGAAGUUAGAGUCGGAGGCUAACAUGCGUAUGAAGAUAGAAGGGGAUGUGGCUCGUCUGAGAGGAGUCCUAGACAGCUUUACACUCACCAGAGCAGAACUGGAGAUACAGAUUGAGGGGCUGACGGAGGAGCUGGUCUACCUCAGGAAGAACCACGAGGAGGAGAUGCAUUUGAUGCAGACGCUGCAUUGUGGUGCUGUGAAUGUGGAGAUGGACUGUGCUUCCUCAGUGGACAUGAGCAAGGUGCUGGAGGAGAUGAGGACCCAGUAUGAGGGCAUGAUAAUGAAGAACCAGAGAGAUGCUGCCAAGUGGUUUGAGAGCAAGGUGGAGGUGCUUCAGAACCAGAUCACCACCAGCACCACAGAGGUGAAGACCUCUCAGACUCAGGUGACCGACCUGAAGAGGACCUUCCAGAGCCUGGAGAUUGAACUGCAUGGCCUGCUCACUCAGAAGGGGUACCUGGAGCAGAGCGUCGUUGAUAUAAACGGCCGCCACGGCUCCCAGCUGAGCCAGCUGCAGGUUUGUAUCAACAGCAUGGAGGAGGAGCUGCAGCAGCUCAACGUCAGCAUCCAGCAGCAGGCCUCUAAGUACCAGAUCCUCCUGGACAUCAAGAUGAGGCUGGAGAUGGAGAUCGUUGAGUACAGGAGGCUGCUGGAUGGAGAGGGACUCAGUAGGCAUGUGGAGACCAGACAGGAGGUCAGGAAGGUGAUUGUGGUCGAGAAGGUCCAGGAAGUACAACAAAUCCAGGAAGUGGUGGAAGAGUAUAAUCCACACAUGCAGAAGCGGGUGAGGGUGAUCGUGGAGGAGAUGGUGGAUGGGAAGGUGGUGUCCACCUCAGUAGAUGAGAAGGUCCAGGAUAUGAAUUACUGAGAAGGCCAGAUAGUUCCGGAAUCUGGUGAAGCGGUAACGGACCACACAUACCCCUGGACCACACAUCGCACCACACAUCCAACUGAUGACGGGUGAUCAAGCACCGUCUAUAUAUAUAUAUAUAAAUAAUGUCGUGGUCGCAUACUGUAAUAUGUCCCUUUUGACAGGAUUGCAUCAGCUGAAUGAUAACUGAUGUAAUUUACUCAUGUUACCUUAUAACUCUUAUAUGGCUCUAUCAUGUGGACAAUUGAAUAUUAUUUCUAAGGUGUUUUUCCUGUGGUUCCAUUUGUUGCCACCAGGUGACAUCUCUCAUUUAAACAUCUUUGGCCAGUGCAUAGGUGAAAAUAAUUUCAUUUGAAUAAAGUGUUAAACAGAUUAUUACAGUUACAUAAGUGGCAACAGGGAAACUAUGACAACUAUGAAACUAUGACAACUAUUUCCCUUUUUCUCUCUAUUUUUACCCCACAUAGUUUUUUUUGCAUCGA